AUGUCCGCCUCAGAACUCCGCGACGACACCAACUUGAAUGACGGACCGCCAGUCAGAGAAGCUGCUCGCAAAGCCAACGAGCGUAUUAAGGAAACGCGUGAUUUGCUCUACGGCGAAGGCGGCACAGUGCAAGACGCCAGUGACGCGGACGGCGACCGCCUCGUUGAUGAGGAGGCUUAUGCAAGUAACAUAAAGGGAGACUAUGGCCAACAAGUUAGCGAAGACGGACCAAAGAACACAUCCAACGUAAUUGGCGGCUACAAAGCAACCAUUGCCAAUCCCAAAGUCUCUGAGGAGGCGAAAGAUAAUGCGAGAAGCAUUUUGAAAGAGGAAUAUGACGUAGAAGUGUAG